AUGUCUACCGACGAACAGGGCGCUGCUGCCGCCCAGCCUAUGAGCCAAUAUUCGGCUAAUUUGGGCGAUUCCAUACAGCGGGCGAUUGUUCCGCCUUCGCCAAUCCAGCGCGGCGGACCGCCUGAAGGGCCUGGCGAAGAUAUGUGCACGCGUGUGAUCACCACUUCAACGAACCCUCCCGCUGCCCUGCCGCUUGUUCCAGUCGAUACCGUCGGGGUGGUACCUGCCGACACGCUGUGUCUGUAUCACUGUUGCAAUGCUGCCGCGGAUUUGCAUGCGUGGUUGCGCGGCAGACGGGCGUCUGGUUACGCAGAGAAUAGGCGUAGAGCUCGCGCGGGCGAGGCGGACGCCAAGCAGCUCCGGGAUCGCGUCGCGCAGAUGGCGCGCGACGCAGGAGAUGAAGCCACUGCUACCAGACUGCUGAAGACCGGACGAGAGGCUAACCCUGGCUUCGACGAAAUGAAAUAUUUCUGUGAGGUCUUGGGCGGCCAGAUCGUUGUCGAUCACUACGAGGACACGAAGCACUCUGUUCAGAGCGUUUACGGCGACGGCCCGUUGGUAGCGCUUUUUCGGCUUCACCAGCAGUCCUCUGAGGAUGGGCACGAGGUCGAUCAUUGGUCGUGCCUGCAGAGUUGGGUUCCGCGAGUUCCAGGGGUCGCCGAGCACCAGAGCGAGCCCGAGGAUGCGCCCGCCGAUCCGGUCGCCGACAACAGCUCCAUGCAGCGACGAUUGAAGCUUCCAGGCGCUGCUACAUGCAAUGCAGAAUUCGACGCAUUCCCGAUGGACGUAGACAGCGAGCGGAGCUGGCUGGAAGGUUUAGAGGCAGACCCUGACCCGCCUGCGCAGAGCAUACUCGUGCAGACGGAGGCGGUGAAGGCACUCAUAGAGAAGAAUCACGUCUCAUGGGAUCCGUACCUGAAGCGGAUUGCCCUUGGGGCGCUGGCCAUGUACCGGUGUCGGCUAUCCGAUAUUUGCGUUCGAGAGUACGUCAUGAUGAUGCACAUCAUACUUGGCGGUGAUUAUCUGGUCGCCCACGACGGGGUUAUGUACUUCUGGAACGGGAAUAUAAGGUUCUUCGAGAAGUACGAAGGUCUCAUGCCAGAGAUUAUGUAUGCUGCUCUGAAAGAGUACCUCUUAACAUUAGAAGGGCUUUUCCGGUCUUUCACCGGCGAGGUCCGGCGGGACGACGAGUCCGUGCUGGUCGCCAUCGAGGGGUCGUUGGACAGGAGCGGGCCCGAGGCUCCGAAGGCAUUCGCCGCGUGGCGCGAUAACGCCAUCUUCAACAAAGGAGGCAAAGGCGGUGGCAAGGGCCAGGGCGGCGGCAUGGGAGGCGCGGCAGAUUCUGCAUGGUGCGAGACUCCGCGCCCCUCGAGCAGGGGCGUCGCCCACCCCGACAUCGCGUUCGUCUACGACCAGGGCGGAACCCCGGUGCAGAAGAUCGCGACGGAGAGCGAACGCAAGAGCAUAUACAUCGGCAUACCGCACAAAAUCAAAGCGUAUUUGGGCGACCCAGUGUUGAAGGCGGCCGCGACGAGGGUGGGCCAGUUCUACAGGCAGACAUUCUGGGCAAACGCCGCCGCGCACAAAGUGUGCAUGGCCGCCCUCGCCCUGGCGAAGAGAGGGUUGAACGUCGACCAGCUGUUCUUCUUCUGGGGGGCCGGCGGCGUCGGGCUUUCCCUGACGACAGCACAUCUCGACGCCAUGCUCGGACACUCCAACCACAAGUAUUUCGACCCGCAGGUGUUCUAUCUGGACGAGGAGAUGCGGAAGACGGUGGAGUCGCUCAAAGGCACGAUCGUGCUCACGGCACAGGAGAAGCCAGAAGGCUUGAGGAAGAACUUCCGGGAGGACUUGUUCAAGACGCUGGCGUCUGCCGACGGCAUCUUUGGUCGGCUCCCGCAUCAGAUCUUGACGAAGGUUAUAUAUCUGGUCGGGUGGAAACGCAUGGAGCUAAAUAAGCUCAUCACUUUCGACGGAGUCACUGAGGGUGCAUUCCACGCCAUCUACCGGAGGUCUCUUCUGAUCAAGAUUUUCGCGAGGUUUGUUGAUGCGGAGUACAUGAGGCGCGUUCUGCCAGACGCAGAGAAGUACGGCAUCUUCCCGCGGGCGCCGGAUCUGAAGCCGUUCAUGCAGUCGGGGCCCGCCAUCGCCGCUGGUCUGCAACGACAGCUGGGGUUCGAGCGGAAACAUGGCGAAGCGGCAGCGAGGUCGGAGAUAGAUGACUACUGCCUGCGCGGAGGGGAUAACGGAAUCACGGAGAGAUACAUGCGACAGGCGUGUCUUCUCCCAGAGCCGAGCAAGCCGAAGCCGAGCGGCCAGAGCGGCGCGGCUGCCCCGCCGCCCGGCGUCGACUUCGAGGUCGGGGCGGGCGCCUCGCAGGAGGCGGUGGCGCCCAUGGCGCAGAUGCGCUGCCGCCUCCUCGGCCAGAUGCUCGAGCGGAGUUUCGACGCCUUGACAUUUUCAUAUUUCAAGCAGAUUCAUACAGGGCAGAUUCAGGGCUUGCCGGAGAAGAAACCCACGGUGUGGAAGGCGAUGGAGUCCAGCGGAUGGUAUAAAGCUGGUCUGUAUGGCAAAGCAAAGGAGAGGGUUCUACCGAAAUUGUUGACCGCUCGCAAGUAUAGUGAUAUUGUGCCGGAGCCGAACGUGGAGGUCCCGACCGUGCUCCCGGAGCAGUGGGACCGUGCGGCGCUGAGCCGCUACGCGAAUGGCAACGCUUGUCGCAAGCACAACGUCGACAUUAUGAUUAGUGUUUUAGCGGCCGCCCCGAAGCCGCGCGGGCGGAAGAAGCGCGGGACGGAGCCCGAGGUGGGCGACAACGCCCAUUUGCGCGCGGUCGGCGCGUCCAUUAAGGCAGCAGAGCACGCUCUGGAAGAGUUGAUCGAGGGCGCGCGCGAGAAGCCGACCGUGGUCCCCGCCGACGCACCAGCGGAGAAGAGGAGGAAAAUCGCUGUGAAGAAGAGCGCCAGCGGUGGCAUCGAAAUGGCGGAGCGCAGCAUCCCCUACACAUACAAACGCACUGCGGCCCGUCGCUUCGCGGAGGGUCCGGCGGCGCAGGGGUGCCCGGCGCGCGUGCUACAUGCGAUGCUGCAAGGCACCGUAGAUCUCGACAUCCACAGCGCCGUUCUGACCAUCGCUUGGCAACUCGUGGAACAACUUGGCAUGGCCGAUAAUGAUAAGGACCUGUUCAAGGAGGAGUUGGAGUUGUUGAAGCGGCUGGCCGAGGACAGGGACGAGGCACUGCGGUGCGAGUUGCCCGACAUGGGGCCCCAGGCGGCCAAGCGCUUCGUACUCGAGACCAUCGGCGGGUCCCGCUCUUUCGAUGUCGAUGCCGAGCCCUUCGCCAAGAAGUUGCAGCGCGUGAGCCGCGUACUGCGCUGGCUGGCAUGCUCGGCGUUGCCCGAGGUUUACGACAGCAUCUGCCGAGACGCCGCGCUGGGCGACGGCGAGAAGACGGAGAAAUGGCCAGAGGGGCAAACGUUCUCGACUUUCUACCAGCGCGCGGAGGACUACAUCCUCCGCGAGUGGCAUACGUGGGUGCUCACGCAGCCGGUCAAGCAUUUGUCAUUGCAUUUCGACGGCAUCAGGAUCAGCAGAGACGCGGUGCUCGCAAGGCAUGCCACCGUGGCGGAAUACGCCGCUGACGCGAGUGCCCACAUCGCGAAGGAAACAGGCUUCAUAGUCAAAAUCAAAGAGAAGACCCACCCGACGAUCGCGGAGACACUGACGAGCUGCGGGGCGUGGCGGUCGGUGGAUGCGGCGCCCAGAGACCUACUGAAGCCCGGCAAUUGUAUUCUGCUGGCGCUGUGGCGAUGCGGCGACGCCAGGGUCUCCGCGUCCGUUGUCUCUAGCGUUGGUGCCACGUCCGUGGAGAACAAUGCCGCCGGCGUGGAGAAGGGGAGAACGCACGCGGAGUGUUGCCUGAGCCACGGCGUGUCAAUGACGCCGCAGCUGGGCUUCGGCGCCUGCGAGCAGGGAUUUUAUCUGCUCCACAUGGACGGGCAUGGUUCGCCAUCAUGCGCACUAGUCCACGUGGGGGCUGAGCUCGACAAGGCGACGGUUUAUUUCCGUGACAAAGCCGGUGAGAUGAAUCUGGAAGAGCUCCGUGAUGCCGUCCUCGUCGGGCGAGAUUCGAGGCUAGCAGUCACGUUUCACAUUGAUUUGUCCCCUGCGCCGCAGGCAGCCGCUGAAGACAGCGGCGACGCCAGGCCCUUAGCAGAGCUCUUGAAUAUGAUGGCGCGAAUCCGAUGUGUCUCCGGUGUCAAGCGGUCCAUCGAGUACGUGUCAAUCCAGCUCCUGAGCAGCACUGGCGAGCUGGUAGAUGACGAGAGGCCCGCGACACCAGACCCCUACCUGCCUGACGUCAGCAAGCGGCAGUGGGAGGCCAAAGUUGUUGCCUGGCGCAGGGAGAUGUCACAACUGCUUGACGAAGUGCCAAUUGGUGCGACGGAAUUGGCAGCGGCCGAAGAGCUCGGCGUCUGGGUAGAGCCCUCGCCGCCCGCCGUGCGCGGCUGUCGAGCUCUCCUGCAAGAUGGAAACUGCAUACUGCUUGCAUACAGCAUCCUGACGCAAGACUUCUGCGGCUCGACCGACUAUUGUGCGCGAUUUCCCGUUCGUCGAGGCGCGGAGCGCCGCUGCGCCGACGUCGCCGACCACUUCGGCUUCUCUCUGGCCGUCGUGCGCCAGCAGGCUUCGCGGCAGGGUGCAGGCUCACUCGUGCCCGGAAAGUAUUUCUGUCAUAUGCGGAGGCAUUGCUGCGCUGCGGCAGUCCUUUCAGGGACAGAUUCGGUAGUCGUGUGGAGAGGUUUCAGCAGGCACGUUCUGCCGACGGCACAGUGGGUGCGCCGCGUCGAGGAAGUCGAGGGCGCGCUGUUGCACAUCACUUACAGCGGAGAGGGCGCACUCGGCGUCGACUUAACAGCUGGGCGGAAUCCUGAAGACCGCGGGCGUUACGUCAAGUGGGAGCCGCCGCGGCGCGAAGCUGGAUUGGCCACGAGCGUCGGCCACUUCGCGGCCGUCAUCCUGCGGCCCGGCAGCGCCACUGUGAUAGACCGCCGAGCAGGUCUGCCAGCGGUUCGCGAGUGGUUGGCGUGGGGCGACAUUCCGGUGCCCCAAGUCCCAUGCGAUUUCUCCCUCGAGCUGCCGCGUCUUCCGAAGAUCCGCCUGCUCGAGCGACUCAACGCUCACCCUCGGGACUCCCAGUUGCACUUCGUCGAAGAGUCGCACUCCUAUUACAUUCGCGGCGCGCGAACGCAUGGCUCAGUCACGGGAUUUAUACAUGAGUACUGCAGUGUUUUCGACGCUGGUGCUGUGAUUGGGAAGAUGCGGAGCGGGCGGAACUGGCCGCGACCUGAUUAUUUGCGCCAACCUCGCCCGGAAGACGUGGUCGCAAAGCUGCGGGCCACGCCGGAGGCUGCUCGCUUGCACGAGUUACUUGUGUCGCACGGGGCAUGCGACGCCGAGAUCUGCGACGAGAUGAAGGCAACUGCGAGAGCGGCCCCCCACUUGGCAAACCAACUGGAGAGUCUAUCUCUCUCGGAUCAGCAGAUCGUGGAGAAAUGGCGCGUGAACAAAGAAGAGGCGGCUAGGCGGGGCACCUGGAUGCACUGGACGUUCGAGGCCCACCUCAACCGCGUUCCGGUGCCCCACGAUGCCGUCGAGUUCCAGUUGUUCUUGAAAUUCUUGGGCGCGCUGAAAGGUCUGGCGGCUUUCCGCGCCGAGUGGGCCAUCUUCGCGGAGCACGAGGGGCUUGCUGGGUCAAUCGACUUCGUGGCUCGAGACUCCGCGGGCAGUCUGUACAUAUACGAUUGGAAGCGGGCGAAGAAUUUACGUUCGAAGUUCACGAACCCAUGGGAGAAUAUGAAGUUUCCACUGGGCCGGUUGCCAGACUGCCAGGGAAAUCAUUACCGGGUUCAGCUUAACAUGUACAGGUGGAUGUUGGAACGUUACUACGGCGCCCGCGUGGCCGCGAUGUAUGUGGUCUGCCUUCACCCGGACAACGGCGACCAGCCAUUUGUGGACGACGUACCGGUGAUCCGAGAGAUCGAGGAGCUCAUGGCCAUUCAACGCACGAGGUCCCGAGAGUUGCGGGCAAUGGCGUCGGAAGACGCCCGCGAGAUAGACCCUCUGGGCGGCUGGCCGCGGCCAGUCGUGGCGGCGCGCAUGCCUUAUUGCCUGAGCACCGCGGCCAAUUUCGAUCGCGCCUUUCGCCAGAUGUCAGUGGACGAUUUUAGCAAACGUGGCUCGGCAUUGUCGGCCUGCUUUGACUUCCCCGCUCUUUCCCUGAUUGUGGAUCAGCAUUGCUGUCCUGUGAUCUCUAUGUCGUACCUCGGCGCCAUGGCCACCGACGCCGACGACCAGCGCGCCGCCAGUUCUCCAUUUCUGAGCUCGCAGUCCCCUGAGGAGCAGGACGGUGCCAGGCUCGCGCCGGCGCCGGCUAGAAAACGGAUCAGAGGCAAGAGAACGGCGGACGACGUCGGCGAGGGCUGGGCGUGCCUCGCGGCCGAGCAGCGCGAGCCCCACGAGCUCGCGGACGUGGGCUCGGCGGAUGCACCCGAAUCUCCGAGCGGCGAUGAGGGCGAGACAGCAGUGCGGACAGAGUUGUUCGAGUGCCUGGAGAAGGAAGUCAAGAGUUACGCUGCGGGGGUGACGCUCCUGCGCCCCAAGCGGGACAGCGAGGGCGUGAAGUUGAAGUUUGCGUGCGGUCUAUGCCCGUUCCGGUCGUCCUCGACGCAGGCGUUGCUGGCCACGCACGUCUCCAAGUACCACCUCAAAAAGAUGCGAUUCGUGGCCUCUGGCACGAAGCAGUUCAAUGUCGUGCGCGCGUUGUUCGACAACGACCGACUUCUGCGUACUCCAGCAGGGAACCUGCUGAAGCGGUCUGCGACGAUCCUCCGCGAGACAGUAUCUCCUGCUGUUCAUCGCGGACAGAACGCCAUUGACAAGGGCAUUGUCCUGGUCCUCGACGAAGACGGGCCGUCAUAUCAGAACAAGGCAGCUGUGGGACAUAAUCUCGCGUGCAGACGAGUGGGGUACACGUACUAUACCCGUGGCUUCGCGGAUAUUCUGUUGCAGGAGUCCUUGCGCCACCAUGGGCGCGUUCGCCCUGCGAUGUUGCGGACGUGCGCUCGCGUCGUGGAGCAGGGCUCCGAGCUGAGCAGCAUGUUGCCGACGCGCGUUGAUCACUGGCUGAAGCUAAUGGAAGACGUGUUCAACAGCGCGCACGUAGAAAUGCGCAGCGCGGCGUUGAUGGAAGAAUGCCACCGGCAUGAGGAAUUCCUCCACGUCUCCAUGGGCGCCACUAUCCGCAUUCUGCGCAAUGUCAAGGGCCAGGCAGACUAUCGGUCUGCACAAGCAGUGCGCGACGCUGCACCCGUGCCGGACGUGGACGCCAAGCGCCGCGUCCUGACACUCGCGGGCAGGACGGGCGCGGCGCUCGGUGUUUUCCUGGCGAAGGACGAGGGAGCUGACGAAAUAGCUGGAGCCCUUGCAGCUCGUUGGUCGGCGGCGUGCAGAUCGCAGACGGUGUCCAUCGCCAGUGAUCAGCCGAGCAGCGCGCUAUUCCGGGCCUUGCGAUGCUCAUGUUUUCCAAAUUUAUCUAUCUUGAGCCUCGACCCGGUCCAUCUGCCCAUCACGUACGAGGAGACGCACUGGAGGAAAAAGACAGUGGGAUCACGACUGUUGCGGAUACUGAUGGCCAAGUUUACGAAGGUGGAUUGCACGCUGCCCGCGCGCUACUGGGGGGCGCCGUUCGACGGCACGAAUGCCCCGAAUCUGCGGCCAAUAGAGGAGCGCGCGCGAGCACAGAUACUCGAUCAUUCACUCGCGAAGUCGCGAGCACAACAUGUGAUCGACCACGUGAACGCCGAGCUGCCAUGGAAAACAACGCAUGAGUUUAUCGAAGCAAUCGCCGCGCUGAGCGCGUUGGUUCCAGAAGAGCUUGCUCGCCGCACCCACGUGAAUAACGUUCAACUGAAGAGGUUGCUUUACAAUGCGACUGCCUCAGCUCGCAUGCAAUGGUUCUUCAAUAAUCAGCGAUUUAGGCAUUCCUUGCCGGCGGCGCGCUUAGCCCUGUUGGGGUCUGGCACGUCCGUCAACGAAUCCUUCAACCACGAGAUCAACACGUGGUUUCGCAACCAGGGGGACAUCUACGCUUCGACGGCGGAGCUUCAACUUAGGAUUGGAUUUUUGGGGAAGCUGCAAGCCCACAGUUGCGCGCUGUAUUCGCCGACGCUGCGGCAGCUGCGACAGGCCAACGUGCUAUCGCGAAGCAUUAUGGCCUGGGCUUUCCCCGGGGAUGAUUGGAAGAGUUACUGCGCGCUCCGGGCGCAGUGCGGCGCCGACGUCCUGGCGCCUGCACGGCUCCCGCUCCGCGAAGCCCGACAGAGAGUCGCGCGGCUGAUUGCCGAACGCGCCGCGUGCGUUCGGGGGAAGCCAGCGGCGCGCGAGACCGCGCCUGUUGGGCGGCGUGCUGCUCAGAGGAAGCCCGCUGCAAGGGCGCUCUUGGACAGUCUGCGCGAUCGUAAAGUGCCUAGGAUCAAGAGGGCAGCCUUCACUUUGAAGCGCAAGCCAGCGUCGCGCAGGGCCUCUAGCCAGGCUCACGCCGCGCGCACUUGCCAGCGGUGA